GCCGACACCCAAUCCAAACAGUUCUUUCGUAGAGAGAGAAAUCGUCGUCGUGACGAGUCGAGUCAAGUCGAGUCGCGAUAAUCUUCUGUAGAGAGCGAGAGCUCCGGUUCUCAACUGAAUUUCCUGUGUGAUUCUCAGAUCUACGUGAAUUAGAGAAUGUCGGGGAAAGGAGCUAAGGGGUUGUUGACGGGGAAAACUCCUGCUUCCAAAGACAAAGAUAAGGACAAGAAGAAACCUAUAUCUCGCUCUUCUCGCGCCGGGCUUCAGUUCCCUGUUGGUCGUAUCCAUAGGCUCCUAAAGGAGCGAGCCACUGCUCAUGGAAGAGUAGGUGCCACUGCUGCUGUCUACUCUGCAGCCAUAUUAGAGUACCUAACUGCUGAAGUGUUGGAGUUGGCUGGGAAUGCUAGUAAGGAUCUGAAAGUGAAGCGUAUCACACCCCGACAUCUCCAGCUGGCUAUUCGUGGUGAUGAGGAGCUCGAUACCCUCAUAAAAGGAACCAUUGCUGGUGGUGGUGUGAUCCCCCACAUACACAAGUCGCUCAUCAACAAAUCUUCCAAGGAAUGAGACAACAAUUAGCAGAAGCAGGGUCUGUUUAACGUUCUAGGAUUAGGCUGUCUACAUGUUUAGAACUUCUAGUAGUUGGUUGGAUUCUGUUCAAGAAUUCAAGAGACGUUUCAGCAGACUUCCGUUGCAAAUGUAUUUUCCAUAAAAGAGCAUGCAACAUGACAUAGCCUUAAAUUUAUGUUAAGCGUGUUACAUUGAUUGCA